ACAGCGGGACUUGGCCGCUCACGUGACGGUGUUUUUUUUUUUUAUGUAACAACAGGGUGUCUGUAGGGGAAAGUCGGUGAAGUAUACCGUUAAUGACCGCGGCAGCUAUAGAAAUGCAUAGACACACUCACAGAAGAAAAGCUUAUUUCACAUAACGAAGCUUUUUUGUCUUUUCGGGGGACGCUACAAUGUCUCUCCAACCGCAGGUGGAGGACGCAGCGGAGGAGAGGAGCGCCUUCUUCAUCGGAGCUGCUGAGUCGGACAGCGGCUUGUUCGAGGAGAACCAUUAUCAACUUAUACUGCAGAAAGCUAACGCGUUAGCAUCCGAUAACUGCCUCAAAGAGGCAAUUGACUGUUUCACAGUGGCUAUGCAGUACGGCCCUGUCCGACCAGAACAACUUAGCACUUUCGUCGACUGCAUCCUCCGCAACUUCAAGAGUAAAGCGGCCGAGUCGGACACACUCUCUGACCGGAGUCGGGACGUAGGGAACCGGGACGAUUUAUUCGACUGUCCUAACUGUCGUAGCUUUUUAGGUGAACCUGUGACCCUAGCGUGCGGACAUACAUAUUGUAAAUGUUGUUUACAACGACGGCUGCUUCCUAAAUGUAAACUGUGUACGGAGGGCGUGAGGGGAGAGGAGAAGGCGAAUGUGAUUCUGAGUGGACUUUUAGAGAAAUGGUUUCCCGAGGAGUUCAGCAGGUCGAAAAUGAUCUGUGAAGUGGACACGCUGUGUAGGAAAAAGCGUUUUCAAGAAGCUGUGUCACUGGCCACAGAUGUCAUCCAGCAUGGUGAGUGUUAUUAACAUAACCUUACAUGUGUUUCAAGAAGAGGGAGGUGUUUCCUAGUACUGUAUGCUGCGCACUCUCAGUGAAGACCAGUGAAUUUAACGUCAAAAAAAUCAACCUUUCUCUUCAUCUAACAGAACUAUGUGUACCCAUGCUGACUGGACUCUACUGACCAACAUUUUGAAAGCUGUUACUCAUACCACCAUGUGUUGUACGUGUUCCUCGUACACAUUAUUGGCUGUCGUACACCCUGGUAUGCGCUGCUUACGAAAUUUCCACAAGCUGCGCAUGCGCGUCCAGUGCACAUUGCAUAAGGCAGGUCAUGACACAUAUUGGGGCAGGUUUUGUAACUUACAAAGGGGGAGGGCACAUGCAUUUUGUAAUUGUUGCGGAUGGUCUAAGCAUCUUUUAUGGCUAGAUAUGGAGACAAAGAGAGGAGGCUUUCUUAAAGGUUAUGCAAAUCUGAAAAUACUAAAGCUAGAUAGUUAAUUGGUAAAACACUGACCCAAUCAGUGCUGUGGUUAUGAGUAAAGCUUUGAAUGAUCUUACAUUAUAACCUAUCAUUGUACAACACAAUGGCUCAUGGGCCUUCCUGCAAAGCAUCAGAGGUCCUUUCAAGUUCACCUGUAUUAACAUAGCUCAGUCCCCUCUGUCACUAUCUUGCUUUAUCUAUUUUUGGGAGCUAUGUUUCCCCAUAAAAUGUACACUGAAAUGGUGUUAUGCAAACUCAUUAAAUCAGGUGUCCAAAACAAUCUGCUAUUAAUUUCAAAAACAUCCCGAAUUAAUCAAAAAAAUAACCCCCCUGAUGACUGUUUUUCUCUUUUGAAAAUAUAAUCUGUAUUUGGAGAGUGUCUUGUCUUUACAUGGCAUUGCAUUGUUACAUCAUCUAUAUUGCAGCAGUUCAGAGUUGAAUAAUCUGACGUCCCACACCUAGCUUUAUGGUAUAUAGUCUGGAGUAGUGAUCUGAACCCCCACCUGCUUGAGCUUACGAAAACUUCAGCAGUAUUUGGGUCAAAUGAUAUAACACAUAACCUUGUUAUGUCUCUGCUGACCUCUGUACUGCCUGCAGGAAGUUUGGAAGAAAGUGCACCAUACUCUGAGAACCCCCUAGGACAAGUAAAGGUGUUUACUUAUGUAAAGCCAGGACACAACUGGAUGCAUGUCGAACCACUAAUGAAAUGUUGACGCUUUUUUGAUGUAUUGCUUUGCAAUUUAUUUAAGUUAGGACAUGUGGACUAUGGAAACACUAUAAAGAAUAAGAAGUCCUCCCUCAAUUUGUGGAUGCACUUCCAGAUAUGCUCCCAUAUUCAGACAGACUUGCUUAACCAUGUAACCAAAAUUUACCUGCAUGAACAACGUGGACAUGAAGUUGAAUGUUGUUUUCCAUCUCCCUAAAUUUUAUUUCAAAACCAAACAUACUGAAAAUGCAGGGAAAGCAAAGUUUAAUCAAAGCUCAUGAGCAGACUGUCUUUAGAGGGACACAUUUCUUCAAGACCUUUUGGUGACAUUAAGUUGAAGAUGCAGAUGUCACUGGUUCUGUGACGCAGUCUGGCCUGCUUUUCUAUACUGCAGAUACAGAACAGAAACUUCUAGAUAUUCAGGUUGGCUGCCCAGAUGGAAUGAUGUCUAGACAGACCACCCUGGGCAUGCUCAUGUUUGCAUCAGUCAUGUAUCCGGAGAGUUACCCUCAACCUGAAAUGUCUCCAGUAGAUCAAGUAAUCACAUGGAUUGAUAAGGUGUCAUGUAUGACAAAUCAUGUCUCAUGCAAAGGGGGAAACAAAUCUUCAGGAAUGUGUGAUGAAAUGCUGCUAAAAAUUCAUCCACCUACACAGAAGUCAUCAGUCAGCGAGGGCAGCAGCAUGACAGAGAGUCUCCAGUGGUUUCGACUUGUUUUCACAUGAUGGCAGAGAUAAAUUAGAUGACUGUAAAUUUAAUGAGUUUAUUACAUUCACAGUUCUCACAUUGGAAGUCAGAUGUCAUCCUAAAUACCAAUGCUGUCGCUCCCUUUUUAAGUGCAUUCGCAAGUUUUCAUGCAGCUCUUAUGUCCCUUUUUAUGCAGCCUGCUAACAGAACAGAUUUCCCUGAUAAUGCAUUACUUUUAUCAAAUGUUCUCUCUCUUUUAGAGAGAUUCUGAUUCUUUUUUAAAUGAAUUAAAAUUACCGGUCUGUCUUUAUGUCUUCUUUCAGAUCCAGAGACCACAGUAAUGGCCCGUCUGUCUCGGGCUGAGGCGUACAUGGCUCUCAAACAGUACCGCCUGGCCUUGGAGGACACAGAAUUUUGUCUGGAGUCCAGUUGUUUCGCUGAAGUAGGUCAUUCCCUUAUACUGCAGUGCUUCUUUUUUCCAAUGACAUAGAAACUUAAUUUUGGUAUGGACACUUUUUUCCACUGAAGCAUGUGACAUAGUUAGUUAUAUAAUUAAUGACAGCAAAGAUGGUGGCCAUGCCGGGGUGAGUGAACAUACUCACUCUGUUACCUUUGCCCGCUUGAGUCUGGCGUGGACUCAAUCAGGUGUAUCAGUCAGCUGACUGUUUCCAAGAAGAGGUGUAUUUUAGGAAAGCUGCGGCUAAAGCCACAGACAGAGAGCCCUAAAUGUGUCUUGUCAAUGGAUUAUAGCAGCAAGUUCAUGUAGGCUAUUACACUGAUGCCACAGAUACAUAAAAACGUUCAUUCAUUCAUGCUAUAAUCUGACAUUUAAAUACUUCCUGGAGAGUUUAAUUAGGGAUUUAAAGCUUUGCUUAUUUUCUGACUUACUGUUAAAAGAGAUAUACUCUAUUAUUUUGUUGUUUUGACAUUGUUUCUAUGUUGACAGAUUGUACUAUUGACUUAGUGUUAUUUUUAGUCAUGCCUAAAAAGCCUUCACCUCAGGUAGACUAGUUAUAAAAGAGUGUCAUGACCAGAAAAGGGUUUCUGGAUCACAACAGAGAGUGAUUUAGGUCAAAACCAUUAAAAAACUAUUACAUCAGGAGCAGGAGACUCCAUGUCUGGGCUGGGGCCAUGGAUAUUUGUGUAAUUUGUGACUUAAGUAAAUCGUGUAACACCACUUCCUUUUGUAGGUUAAGUCGUGAAACUCAUAAACAUUUGUAAAAACACUCUGCACUGUCAGAGAACUGACAGACCGACCAAAACUGUCCUCAGGGCCCCCUAAGGCUAAAUGAAUGUCUGUCUGUUCAGGUUGAUCAACCAAAGCAAACCUGCAAUAGCUAUAGAGAUGGACCGGUGAUGUGCACACUGUAUAUCAUGUAGACUGAGCAUUAUAAUGAGAAUACCAAGUGCACAAAAACACAGAAUCAUGUGUAUAUAACCCUUCUAUCCUUUCAUUGUGCUCUGUCAGGCAUUUUUUAGGAAAGCUAUGGUGCUGCAUGAAAUGGGAGAAGUGGAUGAAUCUCUACAAGCCUUCCUCCAAUGCAUGGCUGUGGAUGAGGACUUCCCUACUGCAAAAAGACAAGUGGAGAAGGUGAGAGAAAGUAGUUAUGAUGAAUCUGCUGGCUAUGUGGGAAGAGAAGAGUUGGUUGUCAUCCAGUCUAGCACUUCACUGAAAUGAGGUCACACUGCCUGAAUAAUGUUAUCAAUCAGUGUUGGGGAGAAAGAGGAGAAAAGCCUGCAGUUGCCGUUUGUUCUUUUGCCUUUCAAUCAAAGUUUCGCUUGUACCUUAACUUGAUGGAGUCAAGUGCCAACACUUUGACUCAUCAGUCUUGGAUGUGAUACAGGAACCUGUUUGUUAUGGUGCUAUAAAAGCAUUGCUUCUAUGAUGCAAUGAUUUAAUAGACUCUCCACCAUCCACUGCAGGGAUAAUUAAAAAUCCCAACAAAGCUUCUGCGUAUAUUCAACUGUAACUCAAGACGAAGAAAAGAGGAAUGCCUUUUUAUAUGAACAUCUUGAUGACCGCUCCCUUUGCAUUGCUUUGUUUUUUUUCUUCAUGCAUCAUUUCUAAUGCUUAAAAAGGGCGCUGAAAGCACACUCAGAAAUUGAUAACAGUCAAAACAAUAUUUCAAUCAUUAAAACUUAGCAAAGUCAGUUUAAAUUAACUGAAAAUAGACUCAAAUUUCUGUUAAAUCUUCUGGUGUUGAAAUGAGUUGAGCAAACUUUGUUUUUUUGGGUUAUGCUGCUGAAGCUUCAUCGAUCUGUUGCGGGAUUAAUGUUUCUCUCUGUGAUGCAACUGUAGGUUGAGUUCACAUAUCAGUUAUGCUAAGUAAUCUGAAUCACAUGAAAAUAAAUCAAAUUAUUUACUUCCGCCUUUUGGGCAACACAGAUCUUCAAUUAUUUCUACUUGGGUCAUCAGUCAUGAAAUUGCAUAACUUGUUGGCAGGUCAGGUCUUGUGACUGCCUGUAAUGACAUUAGUACCACAUAAUAGACAUAACACAGUUUUGGCGUUACAUAAGACGCACACAGAUGACUCAUGCUUGCAGCGCUGCUCCAAAUUUCAUAAGAACUUAACAAUUUAUUGCCACCAUGUGAUAAAAACUUUUUACUUCACUUUCAGUUGAUAAUGCCUCUGAAGCCUUGUGUCAUCCUUGCUGAGUCACCAUUGUAUAAGGAAGCGUACAUAAUCAUAUUAGUCAUAUCCAGCUUUAACUUGGUAUGUGUGUGGAAAUGAUUGGACCUGUGGUUAAGGAGCGCUGCUUGUAUUGAUGUUGUAUCAGAACUCUUUCCUUUCUGGUCCUUAAAGUGUAACUGCAGGGCUCAAAAUCAAUCUGCAACAGUGUGGAGGCUGGACAGCAUGCAUUAGUUCAGUGUCAAAUCAAGUUUGUUUAGCCUCCAGUCAUACUUUUGGUCUCCAUGGCCUGCCCAAUACACAUCUACUGACACAGAUUAAUGGAAAAGAAACGGAAACUCCCAUCCUUGUGCUCUUUGAGUGAUGGCAAGGCUUUGGUGACACACUGAGGACUACAGAUACAAAAACUGAAAACUUAACAGAAUCUGUUUCUGACAUUUUAAGGGUUAUUACUCUGACCUUUAUCGCGUUUACACAAGAUUUACAUAAGCCAAAAUCUGAUAGGGAAUGCAAACUUACGAGAAAAGGAAAGAGUGUUUGUGCUGAUAAUCUGUAGGUGAGAGAGGAGAGAGGUCAGGUUUUGAACUUGGCUGACGAAGAUUAGUGGUCUUUGCUUUGAGUUCAAACCGAGGUCAGGCCGAUGUCUGCUUUGUGAAAAACACAAGGCGACUGUGUGGAGAAAGUUGGAAAUAUGAAUGAGCUUUUUCUCAUUACAAAAAAGUUGUUUUUAAUUUUAGCCACAAUAUUUCAGCCCUUUUUUAGUGUCUCUUUCUCUACCAUCUGUUCUCUUAGUUUAUAAAAGAGCUGGAAUAAAAUCUUAUGAAAUCACCACAACUAGUACAAACAUUAUCCUCUUGAUUCUCCCCAUGUGCUUCUUACCUCUGUUAUAAUCAUAUUUAUUUUCUCAUGACUUGUUGAUCAUCUCGGUUGAAACCUGCCUCUAAAGAUAAAUGAACUCUUGUCUUACAGAUCCUGUGUGACCUGCUCUCCCCUAACGAUGAGAACGUUAAAGUUGGCCUGAGGGAAACAGCACAGAACACACUGCCUCACCUGCGCAGUAAAACCCUUUUAGCAGAAGCUCCGAGCCAGCGGCUGAGCCCGGUCCACAGACAAGCCCAACAUCAGGCCCGCGCUGUUUCGGCUCACCAUCAUCUGGAUAACCAGGAGGUACCAGAACAUGACACAGUGGUACAUUAGUAUUAUUAAAUCAUUUCGAUGUUUUUCUGGUCUUUUAAGAAGGACACUCAUAACAUUUAUCAUCCACUGUUUUCCAGAAACGCUGGGAAAGCCUGGAGCGGCCUUGUCUGAGUAGAGCUCAUUCACUGAGAGUUCAUGGCUCUGGUUGCGGUGAGGAAGGCUUGAAGAGGGUUUGUUCUGCUCCCCAACUUGGUGACCAGGAGAAGGGAAGCCUGCUGAAGAGGAAGUUAUCAGUGUCGGACACAGAACCAUGUUUAGUGGACAGUGGAAGUAGCAAACAUAAGAAACAAGGUCAGUGACCAAUACUUCCCAUGUUUUGCUUUCUCUUCUAGUUAAGAAUGUGAAUUUCCGAUCAUUUCAGUUUCACUAGAGAUGUGCAGUCAAUAAUUUAAGUUUAAGACUAGAGAGACAAGUACUGUUACUUAGUGUCACUGAUGUUAAAGACAUUCUCUUUGUUUGAUUUAAGGUAUGACGAAAGGCUCCAAACAACAAGCUGCCAAAGUUAAAACCUGUAGAAGUGUUCCCUCGGACCAGCUGGACCUGAAUGACUUUGAGUGCUCUCUUUGUAUGAGGUACAGGCACAUGCACAUAUUAACCCUGCAGUCUUUAUGUUGCAAACUCUGUACACAUGUAAACAGCCGAAUGAAGAGUGAACGCUUACAUGUUGCAUCCCUGUGUUUGAAACAGGUUGUUUUAUGAGCCUGCAACAACACCAUGUGGCCACACCUUCUGCAAAAACUGUCUGGAACGCUGUUUGGACCACACACCUCAAUGUCCUCUCUGUAAAGAGAGUUUAAAAGAGGUAACCAGUCUGUUCACACAUCAAUGUUGAUAUCCUCUCACUCAGAUAGCACGUGUUUUGUUUCAUGCUUUAUUGUAAAACAUGCAUGUUCUUUUCUCUUUAGUAUCUAGCAUGUAGGAAGUACAAUGUCUCGACGGUCUUGGACUCUCUAAUCAAGCAGUAUUUCAGCCAGGAACACUCAGAAAGGUCUAAAAUUCACCUGGAGGAGGAGAAGGAGCUAUCAGAGUAAGCAUUUCUGUUCCUGGUGUGAUGGAUUCUUAUACUGCAUCAGCUGAAAAUAAAGUUCAAAGAGUCUAAUUUUUUAUCUUUCUCUCCCCUGUGCAGUCUCACAAAAAACGUGCCUAUUUUUGUGUGUACCAUGGCUUACCCCACCGUGCCUUGUCCCUUGCAUGUCUUUGAGCCACGAUACCGCCUCAUGAUUCGCCGCUGCAUGGACACAGGCACGCGGCAGUUUGGAAUGUGCAUAAACGAUCCUCAAAAAGGGUAAGCUCACAUCAUUGAGCAUCAUCACUUGGAGAAAUUUACUAGGUUAUCUUAUCAUUUUGGUCUCAUCGUCCAGUUAAUCCUUGAAACGAACUCUAAACUGUGGAUUACUUCCAUGCAGGUUUGUAGAUUAUGGCUGCAUGCUGAAUAUCAGGAGCGUCCAUUUUCUACCUGAUGGGCGAUCAGUCGUAGACACAAUAGGAGGAAAACGCUUCCGUGUCCUGUCUCGAGGAAUGAAGGAUGGUUACAGUACUGCUGACAUCGAGUACUUAGAAGAUACAAGGGUAAGAUGCACAUUGAUCAACACCUCAUUAUCACACACAAUCAAGAUUUUCAAGGUUGAUCUUUUUGCUUCCAACAUUUUAAUUAGAAGGGGAAACAUCCGAAAUUUACUGACAGGUUUGUUUCCCUUUUUCAUACAGGUGGAGGAUAGUGAUGAGCUCCAGCAUCUUCAAGAGCUGCACGAUGAAGUGUAUGAGCAAGCCUGUGUCUGGUUCCAAAAUCUCAAGAUCCGCUUCCACAACCAGAUCCUGCAGCACUUUGGACCGAUGCCUGCACGGGAGUCUGACAUCCAGGUAAAAAUCCAUAACAAUGUCUUCUUCAUCGGCUUUUCUUUGUCUCUUUCAGUUGUCAGUUUUAGGAGCAGGGAUAUAGAUGCCUGGAUCAGAAUAAAAGGCAAUGUUUGCAGCUUAAGGCCAAGUUUGUAGCCUAGCUUGUAGCCUAACAUUGCCAGUAUAGUAGAAGUAGCAGGUAAAAUAGGAACUAUUCAGCUCUCGGACACUAAUAAUGUCUCUGGCGACAUGAUGAAAGUUAAUAUCAUAAUUAGCUUUCUUACGAGCUUGCAAUCCGCAGACGCACAAGCUUGUUCCGCAAUUGUCCUCUCUAUUUUCUCUGAGUCUGGCCUGCUAAGGGGGCGGAGCUUGGAUUUGUGAUGUAGGAAAUCUCACUGUGUCUGAGCCUGCCAUUUGGGUCUGCCAGAGAUUCACAGCAGUUUGAAUGCAGAAAUACUUAUUUACUCGUGCUGUGUCCUGUACCAUCAGAAAAUGCCAUAUGAACAUGUAGACAACGAAAAAAACAUGAUUUUUAUUGGAGUUGGUAUUUCAGGUGCAGUCUAUGGUUAUUUGAGGCUAUUAGCAGGACCUACUUGUUAGAAGUGGAGGGUAAAAUUCAUCUGAAUUAAUACAAAGCUGCAUCUUGUGUGAAAGAAUUUGUCUUGAUAUAAGUUUUGUAAGGUUAAAACUUGACAAAUGAAGGUUCACGGCUGCUUUUUCAGUGCUUCACCAAGGGGAGAGAUGGGCGAGGGAGCAUUUCAGUGUAGAACCUGAGCAAGAUCAAGUUAAACAUUGUCAUUUCUACUAAUUGUCUCUCUGAAAUUGUGAAUGCUGGAUGUAAUAAAGGACUAGUGAACUGGAAAGCUAUACCUCGGGGUAAAUUUAAUAAUUUUGAAAUAAGCUUGAUAGAUAUUUCUAAAGAUAAAGGUAUUGGCAUUUUGAAAUCUAAGCUUAGCGGUAGGUGAUGUGGUCUGCAAGAUCAAGACAUCAUUUCUAUAAUUGCUUACCCCCGCUUCAUGUGAUCACUAUGAGUUUGAUAAACAAAGGAACACCAGAGUCCCUGAGAAGCUGCAGUUUCCUUUAAAACACAGAUAACUUGAUGACUUUUUUGAUAAUUUUAUCUGACAAAGUACUUCUUGUUCCAAAAUUAGACCAUCUCAUGACGCACUUGACUUGAGGUGGAACCCACUCUAUGGUCCUUUCACCUGACGCUAAGGCCUAAUGACUUGAACACUGAUAGUCUGAGUUCAGCUCAGGCUCAAAGCCGGCUGCACUCAGAGGGAUUACAGCUCCACUGUAAGGACAACCAAGGGGCGGAGUCUAUCGACAAUAUAGGCUAAAGAGCUUUAUGAACGCCUCAUACCUAAUCCCAGCAGCUCUGUUGCGUCACAAGAGUGUCAAGAAGAGAAUACCCAACAAAACCAUGUGGUUACAGACUAAAACAGCAAAAGCAAUAACAGGAAUUUGUGGAUGUCUGCUUGGGUUUUCCAGGAAUUGGUAAUUCUUUUUUUUUAUCUGCCAGUAUGAAAUGUAGAACAAACCAAGGAAAGAUAAUUCACUUUAAAUUCUCAAGUGUUAAGUACAUUUUGUAACUGGCUCAGCCUUUCAAAGAAAAGGUUAUUUUUCAGCAUUGACGUAAGUGCAGACCCCUUUUUCAGAUUACUGUAAAAGGUCAUAUUAGUGUCAGGGUCAUCUCAGGGCCGUGGGUAAAAAUGUUACACAAGUGUCAUAAAAAACAAUUCUCAUGUUAUGGGUGUUUCAGUUGUACAUAGAUAAUGCAGAAUUGAAAUCUCUCAGUCCUUGAGAGGUGUGAUAACUACAGGAGAAUGAUGGGAAAGUUUUUGUCAUUGCUAAUAUUUUAAUCUUUUCUUCUUUUCCUAUUAGGCAACUCCUAAUGGUCCAGCCUGCUGCUGGUGGCUCUUGGCUGUUCUGCCCAUUGACCCACGGUACCAGCUGUCUGUCCUCUCCAUGACCAGCCUCAAGGAACGCUUGGAGAAGAUCCAGCACAUCCUCACAUAUCUGCAGAGCAUCCCCAACAACUAGAGCUUCCUCUUCUCUUUUCAUCACCCGACAUCCUUCAGACUUUAAAAAAAAAAACAUCUAACAUACUCUGAAUCAGCAUCUCAACAACCUUUUUUGUUUUGUUAUACCACCUGCUCCAUACCCUCUGUUUUUUUUCCUAUAACAAGAAUCCUCUUAAACAACAUUAGAUCAGAGCAAAGCAGAGACAUCCUUGAAUUGUGGAUCACCUAAACCAGAGAUAUGGCCAAACCACAUCAGGGAAACUUCCACUGACACAUUGUUUGAGUAAGACUGUCAGCAAAAAUUAUUUAAAAGAGAGAGACGUCUGACAGCCACUGUUUUCAUCUGCUAACUUUCAGAAUGCAGUACUUUUUCAUUUGAUGAUUAAAAUGUUACAGGGGACUGAGAGUAGAAUAUGUAACAAUCAGCUUUUAGUGUUUCCUAAAGUACUUUUGGAGCAGCGCUGAAGAGAGUAUUUUCUCCUUUCUGUUGUAAGAUUUCUUUAAAAAGAACAGGCUGGAACAAAACCCUGAAAAUUCUGAAAGUCAAUACGUUAUAUCUAGACAUGGUUUAAAGAAACCACUCUGAAAAAAACACCACAAAUGUUACCAAAGGUCUGUGUGUCUCAGACAAAUGAAAGUAUUAGAUUAUCUCUUCCAAGCGACCUCUUUCUGUUUUUCAAACUUUUCCAACAGGCUAACCGCGCACAACUUCCAUCGCUGCCUCUGAGUCGUGGUAGAGAACCUUCUCGCUGGAAUAACGAGACGAUCAUGGCUGCUUUUCAUCUUUCUCAGCUUUCUAACAUUUGAUCCUCCUUUGGCAUCAAAUCAAAAAGCGUAUGUUCUUGAAAUUCUAAUUCUAUGCUCUUGAUCCGCUUUUCUUCCUCUCCCUGUUAAAGUGCAGAUGGAUAAACACGCUUCCAGACAUUUUGUUUCUUUGUUUUGACUUUCUGGCAGUCCAGCCAUGAGUGUUAAGAUUUUACUGAGGUGUUUUAGAAAUGGAGUGGUUCUGUACUAAUAUUGUGUCUCUCCUCCAAACCAAAAGAUGCUGUUACCCAUUAAAUUAACUUAAAGCUAAAUUAAUUUGUAUGUAAAAUUAUAUUUGUACAUUUUAGGCAAUAUGUUUGUAGAAGAAGAUCUUAUGGGGUCAUGCAAUAUUAUGACAAAUCAAAAUGGGACGACCAACAGCAUGUCAUGAGCCAAUGGGUUGAAUUUAUCCUUCAUUGAAAAGCUGCUCUUUCUGCUUGGAGGGGAGAGGACGGUACCUGCAGUGCUUCAGUCGAGACUGCAUCUGCCUUACACCAUUUUGCAUUGAGACUGAAAAACCCAAUGCAUUAGCUUGGCUACCAUUCCCUUAUUUUGCCAUAGUAUGAAGUAUGUUUUAACCGUAUUUUUUUUUUUUUUCCACUUAGUUUGAGGCACCUUUUCUUCACAAUGUGUACAAAUAUUCUUUGAAAAAAAGGAAAGUCCAUUUCAGGCUCUUAUGUGUAAAUCAUCUGUAAAAAGGCUUUUUGAACAGAUCUUGCUUUUUGCUCAAAUGUUUUAAGUUAUCAAUUUGAAUAAUAAAAGCACUUCUUUUUCAAA